UUUCCGUCCUCCGUGGCCGCCAUUGGUUGGGCUCAGAGCAGCUGACAGGUAGCGGCCGGGCGAGUGAGCUUCGAGGAUGGCGGCGUCCACAGCACUGAUCCUGAGGGAGAGCCCCAGCAUGAAAAAAGCAGUGUCGCUGAUAAAUGCAAUAGAUAUAGGAAGAUUUCCACGAUUGCUCACCCGAAUUCUUCAAAAACUUCACCUGAAGGCUGAGAACAGUUUCAGUGAAGAAGAGGAAGAAAAACUUCAAGCUGCAUUUUCUCUAGAGAAACAAGAUCUUCACCUAGUUCUUGAAACAGUAUCAUUCAUUUUAGAACAGGCAGUAUAUUACAAUGUGAAACCAGCAGCUUUGCAGCAGCAGUUAGAGAACAUUCAUCUUCAACAAGACAAAGCAGAAGCAUUUGUCAGUGCUUGGUCUUCCAUGGGUCAAGAAACAGUCGAAAAAUUCAGGCAGAGGAUUCUUGCUCCCCAAAAGCUAGAGAUGGUCGGGUGGCAGCUUAACCUUCAGAUGGCUCAUUCUGCUCAAGCAAAACUGAAAUCUCCUCAAGCUGUGUUACAGCUAGGAGUGAGCAAUGAGGAUUCAAAGAGUAUGGAAAAGGUUCUUGUGGAAUUCAGUCACAAGGAGCUGUUUGAUUUCUAUAACAAGCUAGAGACCAUACAAGCACAGCUGGAUUCCCUUACAUGAUGCUCCUGAAGACUGGUUUCUCCUGCACACUCCUGCCACCUCAUUAUUUUGCUUUGAAGAUAGACUGCCAGGUUGUGUUUUCUGAAGGAUUCAGUAGUUUUCUUCUUGUAAAUUAUAUGGUUUGUCACUUCUUAGACAAAUAAUAGCUAAGAGAAAUCAUUUUCUGAGGACUGAGGUUCUAAUAUACAUUCUUUAGUUCCCUGAGCCAACAGCAAGCAAUUGUUAAGAGCACUUUUGCUUUU